AUGGCCCUCCCAAUCAUACCUCUCCUGGCAGCCCUCUUCCUCCUCGCCCAUCUCCUUCACAAACACAUCCUCCACCCCCUCUUCCUCUCCCCCCUCUCCUCCAUUCCUCCGGCCCACUGGUCCUCCCACUUCUCCUCCCUCUGGAUCCUCUCUCACCGGCACUCUCAAUCCGACACCUUCGCAAUCCACGCCGCACACACCCGUCUCGGUUCCAUCAUCCGUCUCGCACCCAACGAACUCUCCGUCAACUCCGUCAAUCGUGGCAUCCGAACCAUCUACGCCGGAGGUUUCGAGAAAGGCGAAUGGUACUCGGAAGGAUUCGCGAAUUUUGGCGUACCGCCGAUGUUUGGUAUGCACGGCGCGAGGGAACAUGGGAGGAGGAAAAGGAUGGUGAGUCAUGUUUAUGCCAAAUCAACGCUGCAAGGGAGUGAGGCAUUGGGUGGGAUUACGAAGGUAUUGGUGGAAAGGUUAAGAGGGAGGUUGAGUGAGGCGGCGAAGACGGGAGAGCAGGUGGAGAUGUAUGAGCUUUUCGCGGCGACGAUGAUGGAUUUUGUGACGGGGUAUGUGUUUGGAUUAGGGCAGGGGACGGAUUUUUUGAGGGAGGAGAAGAGGGCGAGGGAGUUUUUCAAGGGUUUCAAGGAACGGCAGAGGUUUACGUUUUGGGCGCAGGAGUGUGCGAGGUUGAUGAGGUGGGUAGGAUGGAUGGGUUUAAGGAGUUGGUUUGUGCCGAAGUGGGUGGAUGAGAGUAACGAGGAGAGCGAGAGGUGGGUGCUUGAGAUGUGUGAUCGAGCCGAAGAGGUGGUCCAAAGACAAGAAGCUGGAGUCAAAAAGACUGAGUCGAAAGACACCCCAAUCGUCUACGCUCAACUACGACAAUCCUUCAUCAAAGAAGCCCGUAAAGACACCAAAGACAACCCAUCCACCACUUCCAUCCUCCAAUCCUCCCAUCUCGACCUCGCCAGCGAACUCCUCGACCACGUCCUCGCCGGCUUCGACACCUCCAGCAUCACCCUGACCUAUCUCGCCUGGCAACUCAGCCGUCCCUCAAACGCCCACUGGCAAUCGCGCCUCCGCACCCAAAUCGCAACUCUCAACACCUCGCUCGACGCAAAACUCAUCGAUAACCUACCCAUCUUGCACGCGGUCCUCAUGGAAACUCUCCGUCUCCACGCCGCGAUCCACGGGAUCCAACCCCGUCUCACGCCGGAAGGGCUCUCGAGCCUCGGCGACCCGGAGGCCGGUCUCGUGGUGCGUGAUGUUCCCGGCGGUGCGAGGGUGCAGUCGCAAGCUUACUCUUUGCAUCGUAAUCCUGAGGUGUUUCCUGAGCCGGAGGAGUGGAGGCCUGCACGUUGGCUACCUUCUUCGCCUGCUUCCGAGACGAAGGUAGAGUAUGAAGCAAGGCAGAGAGAGCAACUGAGGUGGUUUUGGGCGUUUAGUUCGGGAGGAAGGAUGUGUGUGGGGAGUCAUUUGGCGAUGCUGGAUAUGAAGGCUACGAUUGUGGCGGUUUGGGGGAGGUUCGAUACGGCGAUUGGGGAUGAUGAGGGGAUGAAGGGUGUUAAUGGGGGGUAUAUGGCGGAACCGCUUGGUGUGUUUGAUGAGGAGGAUGGACAGAGGAAGAGGUUUUUGAGGUUGAGGCUGAAGGAACUUUGA